UCUACUCACACAAUUCUUAUUCUUUCUUCUGUUCUUCUUAGAGAAUGGAUAUUUCCAAGUUUCUUUCUGUUUUAUUCUUACUUUGCUCUCUUUGCUUGGAAUGCAACAAUGUUGUAGUCAAGGCGUCUCACAAGGUUUACCCAGAGUUUCAGUCUCUUAGUGCUGUGGAAGUGAAACAAAUUCACAGAACUAGGUUCCACUUUCAGCCUCCUAAGCACUGGAUGAACGAUCCAAAUGGACCUAUGUAUUUCAAUGGACUCUACCAUUUCUUCUACCAAUACAACCCAAAAGGAGCAGUGUGGGGCAAUAUUGUUUGGGCCCAUUCUGUAUCAAAGGACUUGAUCAACUGGGAAGCACUUGAACCUAUCAUUUAUCCCACUAAGCCCUUUGAUAAAAAUGGGUGUUGGUCUGGUUCUGCCACUAUUCUCCCAGGCAACAAGCCCAUUAUCCUUUACACUGGCAUUGACACCCAAAAUCAACAAGUCCAAAACUAUGCAAUCCCAAAAAACUACUCUGAUCCAUAUCUCCGUGAAUGGGUUAAGCCCAACAAGAACAACCCAAUAAUGGUGGCUGAUGAGAUUGUCAAUGGAAGUGCUUUCCGUGACCCAACAACAGCUUGGUUUGGAAAAGAUGGGCAUUGGAGGAUUUUAGUGGGUAGCAGAAGGAAAAAUAGAGGCAUAGCCCAUUUGUAUAAGAGUAAGGAUUUUGUGAAUUGGGUCAAGGCCAAGCAUCCUCUACAUUCAAAAGCUAAGACUGGUAUGUGGGAAUGCCCAGAUUUUUACCCUGUGUCAUUGUCUGGUAAAAAUGGGUUGGACACUUCUUUGGUUGGGCCAAAUUUAAAGCAUGUUUUCAAGGUGAGCCUUGAUGUUACUAGGUAUGAUUACUACACUGUUGGAAAAUACCAUACACAAAUAGAUAGGUAUGUACCAGAUAACACUUCGGUUGAUGGUUGGGAUGGGCUGCGAUAUGAUUAUGGAAAUUUUUAUGCCUCAAAGUCAUUCUUUGAUGCUGGGAAGAAGAGAAGGAUUUUGUGGGGUUGGGCUAAUGAGUCCGACUCAACUAAAAAUGAUGUAGAAAAAGGAUGGGCCGGAAUUCAGGCCAUUCCGAGGAUAGUGUGGCUUGACAAUAGUGGGAAACAAGUGUUACAAUGGUCUGUCGAAGAAUUAGAAACUCUUAGAGGAAAUAAAGUUCAUAUAAACAAUCAAAAGGUCAAAAAGGGAGAGCAUGUUGAAAUUAAAGGAAUAACUGCUGCACAGGUCGAUGUUGAGGUUACCUUCUUGUUGCCGAAGAGUUUGGACAACGCUGAGGAAUUUGAUGCUAGUUGGGUAAACGCACGAGAUCUCUGUGGCCUAAAGGGUUCAAAAGUUCAAGGUGGGGUUGGGCCAUUUGGGUUGUUGACAUUAGCUUCAAGUCAUCUAGAGGAAUACACUCCUGUCUUCUUUAGAGUUUUCAAAGCUCCAAAGAAGCAUGUAGUUCUCAUGUGCUCUGAUGCUAGAAGUUCCUCUUUGAUGGAUGGACUAUAUAAACCAUCAUUUGCAGGCUUUGUAGAUGUGGAUUUAACAGACAGGAAGCUUUCUCUUAGGAGUUUGAUUGAUCAUUCCGUUGUGGAAAGUUUCGGAGCUGGAGGAAAAACAUGCAUCUUAUCAAGGGUUUAUCCUACACUUGCAGUGUUCAAUGAUGCUCACUUGUAUGCAUUUAACAAUGGGACAGAGGGUAUUACCAUAGAGAAUGUCAAUGCAUGGAGCAUGAAUAGUCCUCGAAUGAACUGAAGGAGAGAAGAACUAGUAGUUUAGUUUCUUAUUUUAGUCUAAUAUGCUGAAAUCUAAUCAACCAGUAGUAUUUCAAUUAUCAUGGUAGAAACCAUUGAAAUAAGCACUAUCACGUUGAUGAUGACAUUCCAAUUAAUGUUGUAAUAUGAAAGAUGUUCAUGUGUGUAAUAUGCCAAAACCUUUGGCGUGUAAAUUGCAGCGAAAUUAUUAUAAUAUUGUGUAUAAAUUUAGUAAUUAACAUA